AUGCAGUUGUCAGCCCUGACGCAGUGGGGAGACGUACUGCAGCUUGCCCACAUGCAGUUGUCAGCCCUGAUGCAGUGGGGAGACGUACUGCAGCUUGCCCAACAGCAGUUGUCAGCCCUGAUGCAGUGGGGAGACGUACUGCAGCUUUCCCACAUGCAGUUGUCAGCCCUGAUGCAGUGCGGAGACGUGCUGCAGCUUGCCCACGUGCAGUUGUCAGCCCUGAUGCAGUGGGGAGACGUACUACAGCUUGCCCACGUGCAGUUGUCAGCCCUGAUGCAGUGGGGAGACGUACUGCAGCUUCCCCACGUGCAGUUGUCAGCCCUGAUGCAGUGGGGAGACGUACUGCAGCUUGCCCACGUGCAGUUGUCAGCCCUGAUGCAGUGGGGAGACGUACUGCAGCUUGCCCACGUGCAGUUGUCAGCCCUGAUGCAGUGGGGAGACGUACUGCAGCUUGCCCACGUGCAGUUGUCAGCCCUGAUGCAGUGGGGAGACGUACUGCAACUUGCCCACGUGCAGUUGUCAGCCCUGAUGCAGUGGGGAGACGUACUGCAGCUUGCCCACGUGCAGUUGUCAGGCCUGAUGCAGUGGGGAGACGUACUGCAGCUUGCCCACGUGCAGUUGUCAGCCCUGAUGCAGUGGGGAGGCGUACUGCAGCUUGCCCACGUGCAGUUGUCAGCCCUGAUGCAGUGGGGAGACGUACUGCAGCUUGCCCUCGUGCAGUUGUCAGCCCUGAUGCAAAGGGGAGACGUACUGCAGCUUGCCCACGUGCAGUUGUCAGGCCUGAUGCAGUGGGGAGACGUACUGCAGCUUGCCCACGUGCAGUUGUCAGCCCUGAUGCAGUGGGGAGACGUACUGCAGCUUGCUCACAUGCAGUUGUCAGCCCUGAUGCAGUGGGGAGACGUACUGCAGCUUGCCCACAUGCAGUUGUCAGCCCUGAUGCGGUGGGGAGACGUACUGCAGCUUGCCCACGUGCAGUUGUCAGCCCUGAUGCAGUGGGGAGACGUACUGCAGCUUGCCCACAUGCAGAUGUCAGCCCUGAUGCAGUGGGGAGACGCACUGCAGCUUGCCCACAUGCAGUUGUCAGCCCUGAUGCAGUGGGGAGACGUACUGCAGCUUGCCCACAUGCAGUUGUCAGCCCUGAUGCAGUGGGGAGACGUACUGCAGCUUUCCCACAUGCAGUUGUCAGCCCUGAUGCAGUGGGGAGACGUACUGCAGCUUGCCCACAUGAAGUUGUCAGCCCUGAUGCAGUGGGGAGACGUACUGCAGCUUGCCCACAUGCAGUUGUCAGCCCUGAUGCAGUGGGGAGACGUACUGCAGCUUGCCCACGUGCAGUUGUCAGCCCUGAUGCAGUGGGGAGACGUACUGCAGCUUGCCCACGUGCAGUUGUCAGCCCUGAUUCAGUGGGGAGACGUACUGCACCUUGCCCACAUGCAGUUGUCAGCCCUGACGCAGUGGGGAGACGUACUGCAGCUUGCCCACAUGCAGUUGUCAGCCCUGACGCAGUGCGGAGACGUACUGCAGCUUGCCCACAUGCAGUUGUCAGCCCUGACGCAGUGGGGAGACGUACUGCAGCUUGCCCACAUGCAGUUGUCAGCCCUGACGCAGUGGGGAAACGUACUGCAGCUUGCCCACAUUCAGUUGUCAGCCCUGACGCAGUGGGGAGAAGUACUGCAGCUUGCCCACAUGCAGUUGUCAGCCCUGACGCAGUGGGGAGACGUACUGCAGCUUGCCCACAUGCAGUUGUCAGCCCUGAUGCAGUGGGGAGACGUACUGCAGCUUGCCCACGUGCAGUUGUCGGCCCUGAUGCAGUGGGGAGACGUACUGCAGCUUGCCCACGUGCAGUUGUCGGCCCUGAUGCAGUGA